UUUCCGUUAAUUAUCUCAAAAUAAAACAUAAUAAGUUGUUUUUAUUAAACAAUAAAAAUUACAUUCGAUAUAAAAUAAUAAUCGGUUUACACUAAACCAAAUUUUGUAAAAAUUAAACCUAAUCUUAAUUAGACCUAAUUCAAGACCUAAUCUUCUUGGGCCUGCCUCCUCACCAGCUUCUCCGUCUCCUCUUCGCCGCAAGCCCCAUGACCACCACCUCUUAUCUCUUCUCCAUCACCUCGUAGCCGCAAACCCAAUGACCACCACUGCGUAGAUGUUCCCCCCCCCCUUGCUUCUCGGAAUCCGGUCAACCUGACGGAGCAGACAUGAUUCGGUGAAAACUAACAGUCUCCGUGCGUCGGGUGGGCCUUGAGCGAUGGUUCCCUACGAAAGAUCCAGCGUCUUGGUGUCUCGUCGGUCGAUGGUGGUUGCCUCCGUUCGAGGACGAUGGGGUUCUAGGGUUUGUCUCUGACGGCGUUGAUUCUUCUCAUGAACCGGAGCUGUGGAAGGCGUGUUCUUCCUCAAACUUUGAGCGGCGACUCUGCAAAGCGAGAUACAGAGGUUAGGGUUUCGGGAACCGACGUGCUUUCGAUUUCCGGUGAUUUGAGGCCGCGGAACUAUCCGGUGGUGGCGAAAUCUCUGAGGAUUCUCUUGACAGAGCUUGGCUGGUCUUGGACGCCCCGGUUCGGUGAAGUCACGAAUGUGAUUUGCAGGUGACUGGUGGUGGUGAGAGAAGACGGUGGCGAAUGGGAGAGAUGGUGGACAUUACGCCAUGGAUGAACGCGAUGUGCAGAGAGAGAAGAAAGAUGUAUUUUGUUUUGUUUAGAUGAAGUGAGAUUGUGAUCAAAAAAAAAAAAAAGAUGAAGUGAGAUAGAGAGAAAAGCGUACAUAGUAAGAUAGAUGAGAAAUAAUACAUUGAUUCUUAGCCAUUGAUUUAUGUAAUCCAGUGGCCAAAAAUAGUGAUCCGUGAUUUCAAAGAAUCAACCAAUAAGAAAGGAGCACCAAGAUAAUGAGUUUUGGCCUUUAGAUCAUAAACUAAUCAAUGGCCCAAGAAAAACAACACAACCUUUAUUUUAUCUAUAGUUGUUUUAGAAAUUGUUUGAACUUAAAAAAUUAGAUAACAUAUUUAACAUUUCAAAUAUAAACUUGCGGAUUUGAAUUUUGUGGUUAUAUUGAAGAGGAAAACUGAUUUGUUAGUUUUGUGUUUAUGAUAAAACAAAUAGAAUUUGAAUUUUAAGGUUUUAAGGUUUUAAGUGUAUUGGGUUUGUUUAGGGUUUAAGAGUUUAAGGUUUGAGUUGAAUUCUGUGAAUACACAUAUAAUAAAUGUAUUUUGGUUUUAACGUGUAUGUUUUUAGGAUUGAAAAUUUAAAACUAUUAGAUAUGAAGUUUACGAUUUUAGAUUUAAAGAUCAUGUAUGAUAUAGAGUUUGGAUUUAGUGUAUAUAGGGUUUGGUGUUUAAUUUGAAAAUGUUUAAGUUUAUAAUUUUAUAUUUAAGAUUUGAAGUUUAAGUUAUAAAACAUUAUAAAGACUAUUAGUGUAUUAGAAUUUAAGAUUUGUUUUUAGAGUUUAGGGAUUUAAAAAGGUAAACAUAGCGUUUUUAAUUAUGUGCUAUUAAAAAUAUGCUAUCAUAACGUUUUAAAAUAUACAAACGCUAUCUAAAAUUAUGAGGUAUGUCAACCAUAGCAGAAAGGUAAAAAACGCUAUCCUCUACUGCUAUCAAAACCCUUUUUUCUUGUAGUGAAUUCAUCAGCUUUUCAGUAUAUUGAUCACUAAUAUUAUAAAAAAUAUUAGAUUGAUUUUUGCGGCUAAUUUUAGACGAUCGGACUACAAUAACUGAUCACACGCUAGUAUAUUAAGAAACUUUAUUCAACCACUGGACAUGUCUACAAGAAAGUAAUCAACAACCAAACCGGUAUAAUUACGUAUAUGCAUAUGCAUACGUAGCACAGAACCCUAGCUAAGUAUGAUGAAGAAAACGAUUAAAUCUCAGAAAAACCACUCUCUUCCAAAUCCCAAAAAGGGCAUGCAUUUCGUAAUAAACAACGCACUGAUUCUGUUUUAUUUCUUCUACCUCUAUCCUACACAACACUAAUUAAACGACACAAAACUCAAAACACAGACACAAUUAUUUAAUUAUUCUCUCCUUGAUAUUCCUUUAUGAUUAUCAUAAUAACCAAAAAUAAAUAUUCUACAAAAAUAAAAAAGAAACACCUUCUAAUCAUGUCUAUAUAUUCAAACCCUCGUACAUCCACAUCACUAAGUCCAUCUUAAAACACCUAAUCACAUUACUAAAAACAUAUUCAAACCAAACACUAAGAACUCUUUUCUUGGAGCUACUAGAUCUAAUGUCGUCAGGAGAAUUCUCCAUUAAAGCUAGAGGGUUAGGUAAUAACAACAACGGAGGUGGAGGAACAGGGACAAAGUGUGGAAGAUGGAAUCCAACGGUGGAGCAAGUUAAGCUUCUGACGGAUCUGUUCAAGGCGGGGCUACGAACACCGAGCACCGAUCAGAUUCAGAAGAUCUCUAUGGAACUGAGUUUCUACGGUAAGAUCGAAAGCAAGAACGUGUUCUAUUGGUUCCAAAACCAUAAAGCUAGGGAAAGACAAAAGCGCCGUAAAAUCUCCACCGUCGACUUUGAUCAUCGUCAAGACACAAACCUCUCUAUUCCUCAUCGAGACAACAUACGUCAUCAUCAACAACCACCUAAAGAUACUUUUGAAGCGUGUGAAAAAGAGGAGAAGGUGAUAGAGACGUUGCAACUCUUCCCGUUAUCGAACGUGGAAAGAGCGAGAGAAAAUACUACUGCUGCGAGACACAACGAAUACAUACGAGAGCAGGUCAAUACGACGGUGUUUUCCACAUACUCAUCGUGUGGAGCUGAGAUGGAACAUCCGCCGUUGGAUCUUCGUUUGAGCUUUUUAUGAAUGGGUUUUAUAUCAACGGUUCUUGAGGAUGCGAAGAAAUGAAGACAUGACACCCAAUAUGCGGAGUUAUAAUGUUAAGAACCCGAUCAGGCGAUGUGGUAGAAUUAGCAUCACUGUCAUAAUGAAUAAAAUAUCAAAAUUAUAGGGAAGUUAAUGGAGGUUGGUGUGUAGGACUUUAAGAGCAUGUAGUUAGAUUACGUACGAGCCCUAACUACCAUGCGAUUGGGAUGAGGAAACUUGUACUUGUAACAACAUAAACCCUAAUUAUAGUCGUAGUUUGAGUUCAUCCAUUAAUUAUUGUUGUUUUAAAAUUAAUUAUUGUUGUUUGUUGUUACAUGAUUUUUCUUGAUCUAUUACACAUCGCUCAUUGCCAUGUUCAGUGGUCUUCCCUUAAUGAGUCUUUUAAUUAGGUUGGGGUACGCUUUCAGACUAAUCUACUUUGUAUCAAUAAAUGUGUUCUUUCCGGAACCGAUCAAAUCAGCCAAUAUAGCACAUUAAAAAAAAACAUCAGCCAAACGAUUGUACUGUUUGUUAUAUUUUUCAGGAUUUGUUAAUUGCAUUCAACAUCAGUAUCUGCUGUCUUUCCUGGUGUAAUUGAAGAGAAGAUGUAGACAAAACUUACUAAAUUCAAUUCAAACCCUGCGAAGGAACUCAGAAAUCACUUCCCCUUCAUUGAAAACAACAUAAAAAGGAGUGUUCUAAGGCCAAUAGACAGAAAGUGAAUGUAGCAUAUCUACUGUUCACUAUCAACCAUAGGCGUUCCUCGAGCAAGGCUCGAUGGAAUUGAGGUUCGCUGUAAUUGACAUGUCUUAUGUUGGACUUUUCAACUUACCUAGCGGAAGAAAAGGGGUUCCUCCUAACUCUUUUCGACGAGUCCGAGUAUUCAUAUUCUAAUUAACCGGCUACCUUCGCUCGGAGCAGCAUUUCCAAUCCUUUUAUACGAUCCGAUCUUGGUAUGCCUUUUCCGUGGUUUCGGCUUAUUUUGUUGAGGUGAUAAAGAUAAGAUAAUUACUAGUUGCCAACCGAUCUUAUCACAUGCAAAUAAGGUAUGCAAGAGAGAAUGCUAUAACAUAUGGUU